AUGUUAACAAUAGCCAAACGUGUAUUUAAUCAAGUUGAAAUUUGUAAAGAAAACAUUUUUUAUAAUGAUAAAGUUAAAAUUAAGCAAGCAUAUUUUAUUAUAAAUGAUAAGCCAUUUGAAAUUCAAUAUGAAAAAGUUAAUCAAAAAAAGAUAGCUGAUUUGCAUUUGGCAGUUUUAAAAUCAUUAGAUAAAGGCAAAAUAUCUUGUGAAGCUUAUCGAUCAUUAGCAUGUAUUAAUCAAGAUUUGCCAAGAGAGGGUGCAAUAUCAAAAGAAACAUCUGUUACUUCUGAAUUAACUGAAGAUCAACCUCAUAUUACUGAUCCUAAUAUAGUUAAUAAUGUAGUUAAAUCUGCUGAAAAAGAGUUAGAUAAUAAAAUUCAGCAAGAAAUAUUAGUAAAAAUAAAACAAAUUGGUGUAAUAUUUCAAUUUUGA